AUGACCUUCCCCAUAGCGACCCUACUUCAUCCCGUCGUAUCACAAGCCCUGGCCGAAGCCGAACAAAAAGCGAAAAACGGUAUCCUGGAGACUCUACCCGAACACCGAACUAUGGCCCUACGACCCGAAGAGAACACUAGCGGCCCUCUCGUAGUCAUCACACCCACGUCCCCUAUAUUACCGGAACAGAACGGGCUACAGCCACCACUAUCUCCGUCUAUGAGCCCAGCAAGCGAGACACACACAACUACUUCCGUAGCCCUUACACCAGACGCCGAAUUCCUCAUCAUCGAAGCCGAACUCGCAAACUGCCAACUGACACGCGAAGCGCUACAAAGACGCGAAUCCGCACUCAAAGAACGUAAAGCAGAGAUCGUACGAGAAACAAAGAUGAGGCUUGACAAGGAGGUGCGAGAACUGGCAACGCAAGGCCAAGAAGAAGAGGUCGAUCAGGGACUAUUCAUGCGCGAUGUGCAAAGAAGAGUAGAGGUUAAUCUGAAGAAGGCAGAUGAGAAAGAUGAAGCUCCACCGGAGAAAGUGGACCAAGCAGAGCAAGUGGAAGAGAAGAAAAAUGUCCCCAUAAGUGCGCCAGAGCGGAGGAGACUUGCGCGUCUUGCACUGUUGAAGCAAGACCCUAGACUAGGAAGAUAA